GGACAUUGCGGCAUAUAUAAGUAAUUAUAUAUUGUAAUCAGUCACGACCACUUCCACAGUCAACAGUUGGGACUUGGUGGCUUUAUUCGCAUCACAACAAGGCCUAAAGAUGAAGAUUGGCAUAGCUCUUUGUUUAGUGACAUUUGCAGUGAGUGUUUAUGGUGAGCAAUGUAAAACUGUUAAUGACUGUGAUGAGACCAGUUGCAUCAAUGAAGAUGGUUGGUGGCUUCACUGUGUAAACAACCUGUGCCUUUGCAAUCACGACACAUACACUGGAAAACCUUGCGCUGAUGGAGAUCCCGCUACAUGUGCGGCCGUCCAUAAUUCCCGUUGCACGGACCAUGGUUUCCGGUGGCGCUGUAUAGACAAAAUUUGUCACUGCUCAAAACAUUGAAUAUUAAAUAAAUAUUAUCGUUAAAGAAAAUUGA